AUGGCAGACUUCAACUUCCACAUUACCACCCCCCGCCUCUACAUCUCGUACUGCAACCCCGCCAACGAUGACCACUGCGACUCGACCAUUGAACUGCUGCACGGUGCGCCGUCGAUGCGCUUCAAUCCCGACGCCAAAAAGGAAAUUCCAGAUCGCGAGGCCGCGCGCAAAAUGCUCGAAAAUAUGAGCAAGAUGAUGCAAGAAAAGGGCUAUGGUCGCUACAUGGUGUCACUGCGAUCCGACGAACAUGCAGAAAUACCCUUUUCAGAGAGAAAACUCGAGACAAUUGGCGUUGUGAGCAUGCAGCUGGGCCGUGUUGAAGGUGUACAAGGACCUACAAUUCCGGAUGUGGGCUUCAGCAUCAUCGAGCGGUAUCAUGGCAAGGGCUAUGCAAGUGAAGCGGUAGAGGGCUUGAUGAAGUAUUACUCUGAAAAAGGCGUGCGUGCAUUUGCGGGCUUUACGAGUGACGAGAAUGAGAGUGCAAAGAAACUGUUUCGCCGACUGGGGUACAAGAACCAUGGCGUGAGGACGGUACGUGGAAUCAGGUGGUCUGACGUCGACAUAGAAGUCGACAUCUGGACAUGGGGUCUUGAAGAGGGGCAGAAGCUGGAGGAUUUUGGUUUGUAG